AAGGUCAAGGACAAGACGUUUAUUUAUUUAUUUUUUGCACGAAACAAAAGGGCCGAGGGCUGACCUAGAGAUAAGGGUACAAUGUAUGCAUAAUAUCCACAUAAACAAUCAUCAUAUCCUAUAGCAGCUCUCACUGGUCUAAAGUUCACUUACAAAUUAACAACGCCAUAUUGAAAUGACUUCUGGAUUACUUGCAUAACAUUUGCUUUAUUUCUACAACUGUUCACGAUGUCAACCACAGGAUACGAAUGAUACAACAAUGAAAGGUGUCCUUGUAUCGUCACUGGUUGAGAUUCUAGUGCUGACCUCUAUACUUUCUAGGGUGAAUUCACAAUAUCUACUUGAUAUUUGUGAACAGACAAACAAAAACCUUUACAUUUAUGGUCCAAAUGAGCGUCACAAUAUUACAUCACCACCAUACAUAGAUGGCGCUAAACCAACAGACGGCCAUUUUGUCUAUGAAUGUUCAGUCCUGGUGAAGGGCUGCUUUAAUUGUAAGAUCAUUGUGAGGAUACUACAACUUAAUAUACCUGAUUGUUACACCAGUAUUCCAACCGGGGAUGAGUGCAGGGUUGGUUGCAACCAUGUGAUAAUAUAUGACGAAUUUUACCGGGAUCAGACAAUUCAACAUUACCAUGGUAACAACACAGCCAGAGAGUACACAUCCAAGUCAAGCAAUGUUCGCAUCACUCUCUGUAUGUCUGAUGACUAUAGGACAGAUCCCAACAAAAAUGUUUUCAUGCAGGUUUUGUCAACAGAUUUGACCUUUCGUUACUAUGGCACUAAUGGUAAAGAUGGCUACUUGACAACACCUGGUUACCCACGAUCUUACAAGGUUGAUGGAGAGAUCUACACAUAUAUAAUCACCAAUAGCGACGAGAAUGGAGUUGUCAGGGUAACCUUCGAUGACUGGGAUCUAUACUCUGGCAGUAGAAUACAGAUCUAUGAUGGACCUGCAGCUAAUGAUUCAUACUUCAAGAUGAUUGACCAACGUGGGCACGGAACACGCCCAUUCAUCCAAUCAACUCGUAAUGCCUUGUCAAUACGGUUCCGCACAGGAGCUGUAUCAGUACUCCCUUACCAUGGGUUUAAAGCACAUUACCAAUUCUUGAAAUACCCAGAGGCCCUGUGGGAUAACAGACCUGAUUCAAGGUAUGAUAAAGUGUUUACUAGGAGAGGAGACCUGCUACAUGUGAAUGGUCAGUACUGCCAAGGCCAUAUGGAUACACUCAUCACCAUUAAGAACUACCAGACCAAUGAUUUUCCACAAAUUGCACUCAACGUUACACGUUUUGACAUGGCAACAGUUGAUUCCCUUAUCAUAAUAGCAGGGAAUACAUCCGAGGCUCCAAUUAUAGACACACUGAAUGGAAAAACUUUGUUUGAUGGAACCUCAAGGGAAUAUAUCAGCUCUUCUGGCUUCCUACUCAGAAUAAGAUGGAUAUGUGCCCAUUUUAAAUCAUUCACUGCUCACUAUUCCAUAUUCAGAAAUGGCACAGCGGGAAAUCAAUUGUGCCCUCAAAAUAGCUACAAAUGCAGUGGGAACAAACGUUGUAUCCCAUACACUCUAGCCUGCAAUGACCUAGACUUUUGCGGAGAUGGCUCUAACAGACUACCAGAAUGCAUGACUACAACAACUACAACUACUGCCCGAAUGUGCCCCAUAGGAUCAUAUGCAUGUAGAGAUGGACUGAGGUGUUACCGUGAAGAUGAUAGAUGCACUGGCUACAGAGUCUGUAAUGAUGGAGAUGAUGAAGAGGGUUGUCCACCAUCAACGCCAGGCUACACUUCCCCUUCCUACAACAGCUAUCUAAGUACAUACCUUCCAAUUGGAAUAACACUCUCUUUGUUUGUCAUCAUCCUUUGCGUCAUUAUCAGCUGCUGCACAUCAAGGAAGGAGCAGCGACGUAGAAGACGACGUGCUGGGCUAUCUACUAUCACACGCACUCGUCGAACCUCAGAUCUUAAUGAGACACAGAUUGAUGUAAAUAUUAGUAUUCGUCAACCAAUGUCACCACCUGCUUAUGAGGAAGUUGUCAUGUAUAAUAGCAACACUGGCGCACUUAACAUGGGGUACUCAGUGGCCUCAAACAGUGAACUAGACAAGCCUCCAGCGUAUUCUGAGCUCUAUGAUAACAAUCUACCAGUACACCCUGUCGGUUAUAGCCCAUCAAACAUUCCAAGCGACCAAUUGUCCAGUCCACCUGCAUCCAAUGCAGCUCAAUCAAGGAGCGGAAAUGCUAACUCUAGUGCAACAAAUACAGGUGCAACAAAUGCUGAUACUUAUGCAGAGGCAGCAAAUAUGGGUGCAUUAAAUACAGGUGCUUCAAGUAUAGGUGCAUUAGAUAGGGGUGCCUCAAAUGUGGGUGUACUAAAUGCGAGUGCAGUAAAUACCAGUGCAAUGGACAAUACAGACACUACCGAAACAAUAAUGCCAAGUAGCAAUACUUCUCCUGCCAGAGAAGCUGCCAGAAAUGUAAGACAAAGUGCAAAUAGGGGCCUUGUUAUUGAUAGGGCACCUCCUUCAAGGUAUCGAUCCUCUCAGGAUAUUAACAGGCUACCAGAAAGGUCACCUCCAAUGUACCGCUCCUGUGGGGCUCUUCAUAUGCUUCCAAUGACAUCUGCCCCAGUUCGGCGUUCAUCUGGGCAUAUUGAUAGGCAUCCUGAUACCUCUGCAUCAGGUGCCUCAAGUCCUCCAACUCAUGUAGUAAAUGAUUCGUCAGUUGCUCCCAGAGAUGAUGAGCAAAGUAAUAUGUAUGAAACCAUUCCAGUCGUUCCUAAUACAAAUAACAUUCCUGCUCAGACGAGACAACCAGAUGGCAAUCAAGAAGGAGGAAAUAUUCAAGAUUCACUCAAUGGUUACAUGCGUCGAUUUGCUCCUAAUGCAAACACAGAUGGUGCCCCAGUGCCCCCUCGACGUUAUAGAGGUCAGGACAGAAGACGAGAUUCAAGAGAAUUUCCCAGCAAUGUGCCUUAUCCCAACGAACUUCAAAGAUAUCGCUCUCAGCCUAACUUGGCCCAGAGUAAUGAGGGACCAUCACGCAGUAUUAGUAUAAGUGACUUCAGAAUGAUGCCAGUUGAUGAUGGAACCUUUGUUUAAACAUUUAAGAUGAGGGGGUCAUGUCAAUGAUUCAGUUUGAAAGCGGUUUCUUAAUUGUAAUUUAAAAUGGUAAGAUACUGAGAGAUUCCAAUAAGUGCACAUACAAAAAAUUUUAUCACUAAGGUUUACAUACUCUACAGCUACUGUAUUUCUUUCUCUGCAUUAAAUAUUAUCAAUCUAAAUCUUGUUUUGUAAA